AUGAUUGCGGCAACUCGUCGUUGGCUGCGACGCAAUCGGAACAGUCUACUCAUAGGAGCUGGCGUUAUCGGCGCCGGCUACUUCGCGACCCAGUAUGUGCUGGGUAAGAUCCAGGAGGCGCGGCAGCGCAUGCGCGAGGAAAAGAUUGCGAAGGAGAACCUCCGGCGACGAUUCGAACAGAACCAGGACGAUUGCACGUAUACGGUGCUUGCACUCCUACCGACGGUUCGAGACGAGAUCAUAGGCGCGUUGCCAGUCGAGCAGAUCACCGACCAGCUGCAGCAAGAGAGGCAGGAGAGGUUGAAGCGAUUAGGGGCUUCUGAGGCAGCGUCGUCUGAAUACCCGUCCGCCCCGCCCAGCGCUACCGACGACGAUGGCAGGAGUCUGGCCAGUCUGCAGAGCAGCAGUUACGUUCAUGCCAGCCAGGUCGCCCACAGCACUCUGGAUAUCGGCGAACAAUCACCCCGCCCGAAACGCAGCAAGGCACAAUUAUGGCAGGAUAUGAAGAUUCACUCCAUCGCUCGCGCGCUCACGCUCAUCUACACGCUGUCGCUACUGACGUUGCUCACGCGCAUCCAGUUAAACCUCCUCGGCCGCAGGACCUACCUCUCGUCCGUCGUCGCUCUCGCUUCCCCGCCUCCGCCCACCCAGUCCUCCACGAUCUCGCUAGAAAACCGGGACGACGACAACUACGACAAUGUCUACGGCAAUGAAUUUGAGACAAACCGUAAAUACCUCACAUUCAGCUGGUGGUUGUUGCACAGAGGAAGCAAGCACCUCAUGCAGCGCGUAAUGUCGGCAGUAAAGGAUGUCUUUGGAGGAGUGAAUAUUAGGGAGGACAUUACCUUGGAGAGAUUGGCAGACUUGAUUAUGCAAGUGCGGAGGAAGGUUGAAGGUGCUACCGAGGAAGAGCGAAGGAGGAUGAAAUGGCUCGAAUAUCUACUACCGCCGAGAGAAGAGGAGACAUUCGUGAUUCGACAGGCCGGUAUGUCUGAGAGCGAUGAAUCACCGUCGCCGGAUACACAACCUGCAGAUCCAAUGGACGAAGACGAGAUGAUCAGCGAAUCUCUCCGACGGCUGCUCGACGAGACUUCUGACUUGGUCGAUUCACCCACCUUCUCAUACGUCUUGACCCGCCUGCUCGACUCAUCGUUUUCACACUUAAUCGAUUAUCGAGUAGCAGUCGAGGCAUACAAGACAUCAGGUCCAGCUGCACCCACGUUCGAAGAAAGGAUAACCGAGAUCCCGGAUACGAAAUGCAAGGUCGCCCACAUCCUCCCCGUAUUCUGCAAGCAGGCGCAUGUCAUUGCACAGAGCAGUGGAGAGCUUGAUGCAAUCACAGGGGAAGCCGCACAAGAGAACGAGUACCUGGCCGCAAUGAAUCAAGUCCCAGAUCUGCAGUCGUUCGCUGCCGUCAUAUACUCGAGUAACUUUGAGUACGAAAUGCCCGAGGCCGUACCUGAGGACGUGUAUGCCCAAAGAGGAGGACAAGUCUCUAACUCUUCGAACAGCCCAGACUCAAUUGCUCAGGAGAUAGCCGACUCGCCGCCGAAAGAAGUACCAGCGGAGAGUGUGCUAGAAGAGAGCGAGGUGCUGGUGCUCAACGAAGCUCAAGAGGAGGAUGCACAAACUCCAGCAAAAGCCGGACCAGCCAGUGACUUUGAGGCCGCGCGGGAGAAGGCUACGUCGUCUGUAGAUGGGGAAGACAAGCCGGCGGAUGACCAAGGACAUAUAAAACUUGCAUAA